GCUGGUUGUGGUUAGCCCAAACGAGCUAAGCUAGCAACACGGAAGUUUCUGCUUCUUUCCAGUCACUCCACAGCCGACGCUUGGUCGCUCUCUACCGGGAAAGAACCAUCCGAUGACGGCCGAAGCUAACUCUCCACCGGAAUCAUGAAUUACGCUCGGUUCCUGACGGCUGUUAGUGCGGCUAGAAAGCCCUCUGCCAUCCGGAUGCUGACUGAGCUCCAGCAGCGGUCACCCCCGACCCUGAUCUCAUUGGCCGGAGGAGCGCCGAACCCAAACACCUUCCCCUUCGAGUCGGCGUCCAUCACGGUGAAGAAUGGACAAACCAUCACCUUCGAUGCCACAAUGAUGAAGAGGGCUCUGCAGUACUCUGCUUCUAAUGGGAUCCCAGAACUGCUGACGUGGAUGAAGAACCUGCAGAAGAACCUCCACAAUCCACCGUCCGCCAACUACACCGUGGAGAACGGCCAGAUGGACAUGUGUGUGACCACCGGCAGCCAGGAGGGGCUCUGUAAGGUGUUUGAGAUGCUGGUUAACCCUGGAGACAACGUUCUGCUGGAUGCUCCCACGUACUCGGGGACACUGGCAGCGCUUCAUCCACUCGGUUGCAACUUGAUCAACGUUCCCAGCGAUCAGUACGGCAUGGUACCUGCGGGCCUGAAGGAGGUCUUGUCUCGGUGGGACCCGUCGGAGGUCCACCAGCCCGGCAGCACCGCCCCCAGAGUCCUCUACACGAUCCCCAACGGAGGAAACCCCACCGGUGCCUCCAUGACGACUCAGAGGAAGAAAGAGGUGUACGAGCUGGCCAGGCAGUACGACAUGCUCAUCAUCGAGGACGACCCGUACUACUUCCUGCAGUUUGACAAGCCGUGGAGUCCCUCGUUUCUCUCUAUGGACGUUGAUGGGAGAAUCAUCAGGACAGACUCCUUCUCUAAGAUCCUGUCGUCAGGGCUGAGGAUUGGUUUUGUGACUGGUCCCAAACCGCUGGUGGACCGGGUGGUGCUGCACAUCCAGGCCUCAACGAUGCACACUAGUACCUUCACACAGCUCAUGGUGUCUCAGCUCUUGCAGAGUUGGGGUCAAGAUGGUUUCCUGCAGCACAUAGACGGGGUGAUUGAGUUUUACAGCAAACAACGUGACGCCAUGAUCUCCUCUGCAGACAAGUGGCUCAAAGACGUUGCAGAGUGGCACGCUCCAUCAGCAGGCAUGUUCCUGUGGAUCAAACUCAAGGGCGUCGCCGACACCCAGAGGCUCAUCAUGGAGAAGGCGCUGGAGAAAGAGGUUCUGCUGGUUCCCGGAGGCGUCUUCAUGAUCAACAGUGACGAGCCCUGUCCCUACGUCAGAGCGGCCUUUUCUCUGUCCACUCCGGAACAGAUCGAUGAGGGUUUCAGAAGACUCUCUCUGCUCAUCAAAGAAGCUUUGUGAUGACUGUUACUGGCUGGAUGUAGCUUUUCUAACUAAAUUUAAAUAUAUUAUAAUAUAUUUGCUGCCUGACUUGAAACAAAGACACUAAGAAUUGUUUUAAAAACAUGAUUCUCAUUACUGAUCCCCUUUGGAUCAAUGAAGACUCUAAUGAAUCAUGGAAUUGUAAACCUCUAUUGGUUCUAUAAAGAAAAGGUGUCUUUAACUUUCAUCUACAAAAAAGUUAAUGUUUUUUAAUAAUGCUGUAUUUGGUCUUGAGUUUCUAUGUUUUUGUUCGACUGAGUCUCAAAUCAAAAUUUGUAUCCAGUCUGAUUGUAAUGUAAGGUGAUUUCCUGGUUCAUGGAUUUGCAGAAUACAGAGAAACAAACACA